UUAUUUGCUUUCUUGUCGAGAGCAACCGAACAAUGCAAUACGAACAACUCAAGUUCCUGUUUGUAAAACCCUAACACCAAUCGAUCGACUCUUCCCCUGUUGUUCGAACUCUCUUUCUUACAUCAAUUUGUCUCUUUCUCUUUGCUUUCCGGUCUGCAAUUACUCUAUUUGGCAUUUGAAUCCGUCCAUUUUCUCUCCCUAGACGUUUCUGCUCUUUCUCUGUCUCUAGACCUUUCGUUUCCAUUUCAGGCAUUUCUUGAAUUUUGAAUUUAUUCGGUUUUUUUUUUUUUUUUCUUUUUCUUUGCGAGAUUGGGCAAGGCUGGCGUGUGUCCAGGGCAGGCUAUGGCGGAUCCGCCAAGUGUCCGCCAACGUCUGUUGCUCAAUAUAGGUGUAAUUAAAUAUAUAAGACUCGGAUCAUUUCUAGGGUUAGGGUUCGAGAGUUGUGUAGAGUGGGAAGUAGUGAGAGAGUGGGAAGUAUGCUGAGCGUGCUGCGAGUGCAUCUUCCGUCCGACAUUCCGAUUGUAGGCUGCGAGCUCACGCCGUACGUGCUCUUACGGCGACCCGAUAAGUCCAUUUCUACCGAGGAUGUUCCUGAAUCUGCCCCACUGGAUGGUCACUUCUUGAGAUUCAAGUGGUAUCGCAUACAAAGUGAUCGGAAAGUAGCUAUAUGUAGUGUACAUCCAUCUGAGCAAGCCACAUUGCAGUGCCUAGGAUGUGUUAAAGCCAAAAUACCUGUUACUAAAAGUUAUCACUGCUCUCCUAAAUGUUUUUCGGAUGCAUGGCAGCAUCAUCGGGUUCUGCAUGAGCGUGCUGCUAGUGCUGUAAGUGAAAAUGGAGCUGAGGACGAAGAGUUAUAUGGGCGCUUCAAUAGCACGGGAUCUGGGGUGGUGAACACAAACUUAUCUGGUUCACUGUCAAACCCUAACUUGGCAAAUGGUGCAGCACCUUUAUAUCCUGCGGGGGUUACACAAAGGAGUGGUGGUGAAACUUGGUUUGAAGUUGGAAACACUAAAAGAUAUACACCAACUGUCGAUGAUGUUGGCCAUGUCCUAAAAUUUGAGUGUGUUGUGGUCGAUUCAGAAACAAAACUACUUGUAGGACAUGCCAAUACGAUAUUAACGUCUCGUGUCAUUCCGGCUCCAUCUCCUAGUCCACGCCGCUUGAUAUCAGUUAGUGGAAUUGAUGUCAUGGGGCAUAUUGAUUCAGAUGGCCGUAUUUCCACUGCAGGAACAUUUACCGUGCUUUCAUACAACGUUUUAGCUGAUGUCUACGCCACCAGUGAAUUAUACAGUUAUUGCCCCCCUUGGGCUCUUUCUUGGCCUUACCGCAGGCAGAAUUUGUUACGAGAAAUUGUUGGCUAUGGUGCAGAUAUUGUUUGUCUUCAAGAGGUUCAAAGUGAUCACUUUGAGGAAUUUUUUGCCCCUGAGUUGGACAAGCAUGGGUAUCAAGCUUUAUUUAAAAGAAAAACAGCAGAGGUUUUCAGUGGAAGUAUUCGUACAAUUGAUGGUUGUGCAACAUUUUUUCGCAGAGACAGAUUUUCACAUGUGAAAAAAUAUGAGGUUGAAUUUAAUAAAGCUGCACAAUCUCUGACUGAUGCUUUGGUUCCUAGUGCUCAGAAAAAAACUGCUCUAGGUCGACUGGUUAAGGAUAACGUUGCACUGAUAGUGGUUCUAGAAGCAAAAUUUAGUAACCAGGGGGUCGAUAAUCCUGGGAAACGCCAGCUUGUUUGUGUUGCAAAUACACAUGUAAAUGUCCAAGAUCUAAAGGAUGUCAAGCUCUGGCAGGUACACACACUCUUAAAAGGAUUAGAAAAGAUAGCUGCCAGUGCAGACAUUCCCAUGUUGGUUUGUGGGGAUUUUAAUGCUGUUCCUGGAAGUUCUCCUCAUGCACUUCUUGCAAUGGGAAAAAUUGAUCCAAUGCAUCCUGAUUUAGCCGUAGACCCUAUUGGAAUCUUGCGCCCUGCCAGCAAACUAACACAUCAGCUGCCAUUGGUGAGCGCCUACUCAUCCUUUGCAAGAAUGGGGGUUGGUCUCGGUUUUGAACAACAGAGAAGAAGAAUGGACCCUACUACAAAUGAACCCUUAUUUACAAAUUGCACCAGAGAUUUUAUUGGUACUCUUGAUUACAUAUUUUAUUCAGCGGACUCUUUAACUGUUGAAUCGUUGUUGGAGCUCUUGGAUGAGGAUAGCUUGAGGAAAGAUACAGCGCUUCCUUCUCCAGAGUGGUCGUCUGAUCAUAUAGCACUUUUAGCUGAAUUUCGCUGCAAGCCUAGAACUAGACGCUAACGGUACUGGGUCCGAAGAAGUUGAACCCAUGAUAUAGAAGUAGAGAGAGCAAAAUGAAGAUGAGUUAUUGUAAGAAUGGUAGAUCAUGCUCAUUUUUCUUUUUCUUUUUCUUUUUUUCUUUUUUUUCUUUUUUUUUUUCAUUGUUGCUAUGAUCUGCUCUGUAUUAUGCUACCUUUAUCUCAAUAGAAAAUUUAUGAUUAUGUUUUAUUUGA